UCUCCAAAAUUCCGUUAUUCUUUUCCAUUUCUCCUCCAUCACCGAACCCCCCAACAUUCACCCCUUCAGUCCUUUAACGGUCAGGUACAGAUUCAUUCACAAACUACACUAAACUAAAAUCUCCAACGUCCAACCUAGAAGUCAGCCAAAUCCAACGGCCAAAAUGGCUCAUUUGACUCGCCGGACCGCGGAUCUCUUGAAACCCUUCUCCGUCGCACUUUCCUCCAUGCGCCUCCUCACCACCACCUCCACCACCCCAAUCACCGUCGAGACAUCUCUCCCCUUCACUGGCCACAAGAUCGAUCCGCCGUCUCGCUCCGUUGAGACCACUCCUCAGGAGCUUAUGACCUUCUUUCGCGACAUGGCUCUUAUGCGUCGGAUGGAAAUCGCCGCCGACUCUUUAUAUAAGGCGAAAUUGAUUAGGGGAUUCUGUCACCUUUACGAUGGUCAAGAAGCAGUGGCAGUGGGUAUGGAGGCCGCGAUUACCAAGAAAGAUUGCAUAAUCACCGCAUAUCGUGACCACUGUAUUUUCCUCGGUCGCGGUGGAACCCUUCUCGAAUGCUUUUCGGAGCUUAUGGGGCGAAAGGAUGGGUGUUCUAAAGGGAAAGGAGGCUCGAUGCAUUUUUACAAGAAGGAUAGUGGUUUUUAUGGAGGGCAUGGGAUCGUGGGGGCACAGAUUCCAUUGGGCUGUGGAUUGGCUUUUGCACAGAAAUACAGUAAAGAUGAGAAUGUGACAUUUGCCUUGUACGGUGAUGGUGCAGCGAAUCAGGGGCAGUUGUUCGAGGCCUUGAAUAUGGCUGCUUUGUGGGAUCUGCCUGCGAUUCUGGUCUGCGAGAAUAAUCACUAUGGGAUGGGGACAGCAGAAUGGAGGGCAGCAAAGAGUCCAGCUUAUUACAAGAGAGGGGAUUAUGUUCCUGGUUUGAAGGUAGACGGUAUGGAUGUCUUUGCUGUUAAACAAGCAUGCAAGUUCUCCAAGGAGCAUGCUUUGAAGAAUGGACCAAUUAUCCUUGAAAUGGACACUUAUAGGUACCAUGGGCACUCCAUGUCUGAUCCGGGAAGCACAUACCGCACACGUGACGAAAUCAGUGGCGUGAGACAGGAGCGUGAUCCAAUUGAAAGAAUUAGGAAGCUUGUUCUAUCUCAUGAUGUAGCCACUGAAAAGGAGCUAAAGGACAUUGAGAAAGAAGUGAGAAAAAAUGUAGAUGAAGCCAUUGCACAAGCUAAGGAGAGCCCAAUGCCGGAACCUUCUGAGCUUUUUACUAACGUGUAUGUGAAAGGCUAUGGAGUUGAGUCCUUUGGAGCGGAUAGGAAAGAGCUGAGAGCUGUGCUUCCAUGAGUCAAAUCAACAAGAAACACACGAACUGCCGUUAUACUCAGAAACUUGGACGAACAUGGAAUAAAACAUAGAUUAACUUUGGAAAUAAAAGUUGCAAUAUGAAAUUCUUAACGUACUUGCUCGGUUUUGCACGUUCUCCUUUUUCUUGGUUUUCGCCUUUUGUUUUCUACUCCUGUGGAGAUUAGGAAUGAUUCGUUUGUGUUACUGUUGUUACACUUGUAUGUUAUAAUUUUUGGCAGUGGAACUGAUUUUUUCCAUGAUAAUUUCGGAUACAUAGUUCCUUGUGCCUAUUAAUUCUGAAUGUAUUGACAUGUAUAGCAUGGCACAUGUAAGGCUGUUUGACUAAUUUCUAGCGCAAAUUUUAAAGGUAGAGUUUUUUUUUU